GUUUAAGGUAGUCAUGUGUCUGUGUCGCAGUCCUGCGGUAGUUGUGUGCAAAUUUAACUUUGGCCGUCGAAGUAUUAUUUGAGUCGUAUAAUGUCGCUGAAGUCUGCAGAAGAGCUUGCAAGACCAGGUCCUUUCUCUUGAGCUCCUGUUUGCACAGCUUGCAACGCGCCUUGACACGGAAAUACUGACGUUAAUUACUCUAUAGCUAAAUCGUUUUCUGCUCGCCUUUAUGAACAAGCUGCAGGUCACCUACGUCAGACCUCAACAUGGCACUGCAUGAAUGUAUGGCAGCUCUGGAUCUAUUUCUUAGCAACAAGUUCUCAGAUGCUUUGGCUUCCUUACAAGCAAAAACUAAAGACAGCAUGUAUCAUGCACUCACUUACGCCACCAUAUUGGAAAUGCAAGCUAUGAUGACGUUUGAUCCUCAGGAUAUCCUGAAUGCAGGAAACACAAUGAAAGAAGCUCAAGCCACCUGUCAAAAGUUUAGGAAGAAAUCUACAGUAGCUGAUUCCUUCAACAACCUUGUGCAUAGACAAAGCCUUGAACAUUUUACUGAAGAGGAAAUCCAUGCAGAAAUUUGCUAUGCUGAAUGUUUACUUCAGAGAGCAGCACUCACAUUCCUGCAGGACGAAAAUAUGGUUAGCUUCAUAAAAGGAGGCAUCAAAGUCAGAAACAGUUACCAAACGUACAGGGAGCUGGACAGUCUCAUACAGUCUCCGCAUUACGUCAAAGGCGAGAACCACCUUCAUUUUGAGGGAGGUGUAAAGCUUGGAGUUGGAGCAUUUAAUCUGACAUUGUCCAUGUUUCCUGCACGAAUUUUGAAAUUACUGGAGUUUGUUGGAUUUUCUGGAAACAAGGAACAUGGUCUGCUGCAGCUUCAAGAAGGAGCAUCGUCGUACAGCUUUAGGUCGGUGCUGUGUACCAUGCUGUUGCUUUGCUAUCAUACUUUCAUGACCUUUGUGUUAGGGACAGGAAAAGGAAAUGUUGAAGAGGCAGAAAGACUACUUAAGCCUUACUUGGCUCGCUAUCCAAAGGGAGCCAUAUUCCUGUUUUUCGCAGGCAGGAUAGAAACACUAAAGGGUCAUAUUGAUGCGGCCGUUAAGAGGUACGAAGAGUGUUGUGAGGCGCAGCAAUACUGGAAGCAGUUUCAUCACAUGUGUUACUGGGAGCUCAUGUGGUGCUUCACCUACAAGCGCCAGUGGAAGAUGGCCUUCUUUUAUGCAGACCUGCUAAGCAAAGAAAACACUUGGUCGAAGGCUACCUACAUUUACAUGAAAGCUGCCUACCUCAGUAUGUUUGGACCAGAUGACUGCAGUCCUUUUGGAGACAAUGAAGUUGAAUUAUUUAGAAGUGUUCCCAGUUUGAAACUGAAAAUUGCAGGGAAAUCACUGCCUACGGAAAAGUUUGCCAUUCGUAAAGCUCGACGAUACCUUUCUUCAAACCCUAUUCCUUUGCCAGUUCCACCUUUGGAAAUGAUGUAUAUCUGGAAUGGCUAUGCUGUAAUUGGAAAAUGCCCAGAUUUAACAGAAGGAAUGUUAGAGACUUUAAUUGAAGCAGAAACAGCAUUGGCAAGAAGUAAAGCUACAGAGUUACUAGCAGAUGACCAGUGCGUGAUAAAACUGUUAAAGGGUUUAUGCCUCAAGCAUUUGGGCAAGAUCUCAGAGGCAGAAGACCAUUUUACUUACAUCCAUUUAAAUGAGAAGAAGAUAAAAUAUGACCAUUAUCUAAUUCCAAAUGCUUUGCUGGAGCUUGCAAUACUACACCUGGACCGGGGAAGAAGAGAAGAAGCAAUAAAACUGCUGGAAAGAGCCAAACAAAACUACAAGAAUUACUCCAUGGAAACAAGAACACAUUUCAGAAUUCAAGCAGCCCUGCACCAAGCCAAAUCCGUCCCAGAAAAUGGAGUGCACUCUGGAGCCUCGGCGGUGUCAUAACUUUUUCUUCUUUGAUGUCCUGCUCGUUUGCAGACUUUGGUGCAGAAGAUUACUGACACUUCAGAAUUAUUUUUCCUUCUCUUUCAAGUCAGUGAGAAACCAAAUCAUUUAAAAAUUUAAAGGUGAUGCAUAAAACAUUAAUCUAAUGUAACAACAUGGCAAAAAAAAGUCUCAAACCAACCGUAACCCUUAAAGAAAAUUUUUUUUCAACAAGUGGCUUUUUGAAUACUUAUAUCUGUGUAAUUCACUUGUAUUCAUGUAUGCCUUUUUUUUCUGGUGUCCACAGCAUUUAUUAAGCAAGCUAGAACAUACAGCAGAACAAUUGAAAAAACCUUUUAAGGUUCACAGAUUUAAUCUGUUAGCUAUAAAUGUUCAUUUGAAUUCAUACUGCUAGCAGUCGAAAAGGAAGCAUCACUUCUUCCAGGUACCUAUUUAGUUGAAAUGAUGUGAGAAAAUCUCAGCGCACAAGAAGCGUAGCAGGGAGCAGUUUUGAAUCCUGGGCAUUUCCAGUUGUGCAUAGAAAGCUUCUCUUUACUAGCUUUUACUAGUCAUUUAUUUUGCUGCUGUAAGAAAUUUGCUGGUGAAGGAAAUGGUCUCUCUUGUGCAGGUAUCUUGGCUUUUUCUUUAAUUUGAUCUUCAUGUCAAGCCUGUCAUUUGUAAUGGCUGAAUAAUUUACAGUCUACCAAGGAGUUUAGAAAAAAAGAAAAAAACAAAUGAAGAUGACAGUAUAAAACUGUAUCACUUCUUUGACAAGAUUAAAAAUGGGAGGACCUAAGGAACCAGUUCUGUCAUUAGACUGAACAUGAUUUGGAAUUUAUGUCAUACCUAAGCACAAGUCCUUGAAGAUCACUUAAGAAAUAGCAAUAUGCCACUGGCUGUACAACAAUACAAAGUUACUGUGACAGUCAACUCCUUAAAAUGAUUGUUCUUAGGCUUACCUAGCUGAGAUGUCCAUGUUUAAAGAGAUCAUAUGGCCAUGUUUCCUUGUGAGGAAGUUUAGGUUGGAGCAAGCUCUCUUGGUACAGUGCUCUGCCUUUUACAAAAGAGUACACUUGCUCUUUCUGAUCUUUAUUGAUUUUUGGGGGGGUCUAUGAGGAAGGUGCUUUGAGGGGGAUUGAGGAUAGAGCAAAGGGCUAGCUCCCCUUUCCAAUGCUGUCUGCCAUAGAAUUGCUACUUUUCCGAAAAACUGGUGAAGUCAGCGGUACACAAAUUUGCACUGUACUUACUGUUCUUGAGGCUAGCUCCAUGCUUUUACUCCUGGGUUUCUUUGGGACAGAUUUCUACCUCCCUUUUGAAAGAGAUUCUUCCCCAUGACCUGUUCUGAUAUAUGGAGAUGGGAGGUCCUCUGACAACCCUUUUUCUCCAAUGGAGAUGUUUGUCAGGAAGGUUCCUGUCUAUGUAUCUCACAGUGAAUAUUCUUUCUCAAGUUACUGUUCGUAGUAGAAGAGAAAAUUGACAGUUUAUAACUUUGCUUUUACCUUCUCUAGGAAAAUAACAUUGUUUUAUAAUGCAAAUUCAUGUGCAAGGAGACAGAACCACCUGUUCCUCAACACUGAGAACUUGCAUUGUCUUAAAAAUAGACACCCUUCAUAAAAGUCUUCCCAAGUUAAAAUCACAGAUGAAGAAUGCAUUUUUUUUAAAGAAGUGACUUUCUCAGUUCAGAUGAUCAUAAAUAAAAUUCAGUACGAACAAUUACACUAUUUACAUAUUGUGCAUCAAAAUUUAAGUGUAAAAAUUCAGCCAUUCUUUGUAUAUAAUAAAAAAGAUUCUUGUUCUA